GAGUGAGAGAGAGAGAACGUGGAGGUACAGAUAUUGAGGGAGAAGAGAGUAAAGUCAGAGAGGAGGAAAAGGGGGAGAGGAACGGGGUCAGAGACGCAGGGAGGGAGUGAUAGAGGUAGAGGAGUCACCAUCUCUUGCCUUCAUCGAGAAAGUUUGCUUCUGCGGCCAAGGAGGAGGAGGAAGAAGAGGCCCAUUGCUAAGCCUGUUUGAGACUGUGUCUAUCAAAGAAGAGAGGCAUGUGUGGUGUAUGAAGGAUUAUUCCUCAGUGCUUCUGUACUCCCACAGACUCCAGUAUCUUCUGGAGCGGUGGAUCUAUAGCCAUGCCUCCCCACAGACUACCAGCCUGACACACGCUCUGGAGGGACGGCAACAGAGGACAGCCUGAGUGACUUGGAUACGAGCUGUUGCAGUCUACGGUGUAGAAGUUAUUUUAAGCAGAUCCUGACUUCAAUUUGAUCUGAGUUGAUCCAAACAGAUCCAAAUAGAUUUUGGUCUGGAUCCUGAUCUAAGACUGCUUUAGAUGGACCUGGUUCUCAUCUGGGUUGGUGUUUGUUGAGACACACGUCCAGAACGGUUUUAACCUGGGGAGUUCCAUAGAAGCACUGUAGUGCUCCAGAGAAGUUUACCCACUCAGGACCAAGACAGUGUGCCAGAAGAGGAGGAUCUAUGUCUGGAUUCACACAUUGAACACCUGGGCAAUGUUCAAUACCUGUGGUGCCAUGAUGUUUACUGGAUCUGCUAACAUACAACACCUGGCACCAUGGGCUAACCAGCGCUGUCUCCUUAUCUUGGCCCCCUGUUGAUCUUCUGCAGGAGAACUUAGGAGCAGAAAAAUGUGGAAAUUUAAGACCGUCUGUAUGGAUUAUUGGCAUGUGUUGUGUCUACAUCCUCACAAUACUUUUCAUAAGAGUGUGGAGGGGGAUGCGCGGCCCAGUGAAAGCGACGGUGGAGCCAGCUACAGGGGCCCAGUGAUCAGCCCAGACCGCUUCGAGGGCCCCCUCUACGGACACGGAGUGCAGCCCGGACCCCAGCGGCCUCCCCGCAGGCCCAAGCUCCAGCACUCCCAGUCCAUCCUCCGCAAGCAGGCAGAGGAAGAGGCCAUCAAACGCUCCCGCUCACACUCAGAGGGCUAUGAGCUGUCGGCUGACCUCCAGGACAAACAGGUGGAGAUGCUGGAGCGUAAAUAUGGAGGACGCUUCAUAACCCGGCAUGCGGCCCGAACCAUCCAAACAGCCUUCCGUCAGUACCAGAUGAACAAAAACUUUGAACGUCUCAGGAGUUGUAUGUCUGAGAACCGCAUGUCCCGACGCAUCGUCCUGUCCAAUAUGAGGAUGCAGUUCUCCUUCGAGGGCCCUGAGAAAGUCCACAGCUCCUACUUUGAGGGGAAACAAGUGUCCCUGACAAAUGACGGCACCCCCCUGGCCUUGGUACAGUCAGAGUGUGGGGACAUGGAGGUCCACCACCAGGCCAACAUGGCAUCACACCCGGCCUCCCAGAACCACCUAACAGAUGCCAUCACAGAGCUGGAGGACGCCUUCUCCAGGCAGGUCAAGUCUCUGGCCGAGUCCAUCGACGACGCCUUGAACUGCCGCAGCCUGCAGGGCGAUGAGGGUCAUGACCCAGAGGCCUUGGGCUGCACCGAGGUGGAGAGGGAGGUGGCCUAUCAGGUGAAGCCUCACCGCGGGGCGACGGGACGCAAGCGAGAGGACAUGAUGGCAUCCUACAGCGAUGUGACUCUGUUUAUUGACGAGGAGGAACUGUCUCCCUCCAUGGGGCUGUCGCGGGGGUCUGGUGACCAGCCCUCCAGCAUUGAGUCAGACCUCCGCCUGCGCUCGGCCAACUCCUCCCAAGACUACUGGCCACUGGACCCCAAGGAUGAGGAGCAUGACACGGACACCAGCUGCCGCAGCACUCCCUCCCUGGAGUGCCAGGAACAGAGGCUCCACCUCCCCCUGCUGACCAUCGAGCCGCCCAGCGACAGCUCUGCCGAACACAGCGACCGUUCUGACCGCAGCUCCAUCAAACGUCCACCUGUCUACGAGUCUCACGGGGGAGGGCACAUCGUGGCAUCCUCCCAGGCCAGCCCCAAACACAUCUCUCAUGGCCCGCCCCCACGAGGGACCUCCCGGGACGACGAGGCACCCCUCCGCCACCGCCACAGGGCGCUGGAGAGCCACCUGGCCAUCAACGGCUCGGCCAACCGGCAGAGCAAGUCUGAGUCUGACUUUUCGGAUGGGGACAACGACAGCAUCAACAGCACGUCUAACUCCAACGACACCAUCAACUGCAGCUCUGAGUCGUCGUCCCGGGACAGCCUGAGGGAACAGACACUCAGCAAGCAGACGUACCACAAAGAGACACGCAACAGCUGGGACUCACCGGUCUUCAGCAACGAUGUGAUCCGCAAGAGGCACUAUCGCAUCGGCCUGAACCUCUUCAACAAGAAGCCAGAAAAGGGUGUCCAGUACCUUACUGAGAGAGGGUUCGUCCCAGACACGCCUGUGGGUGUGGCUCACUUCCUGCUUCAGAGAAAGGGCCUGAGCAGGCAGAUGAUUGGAGAGUUCCUGGGCAACCGGCAGAAACAGUUCAACAGAGACGUCCUGGACUGUGUGGUAGAUGAGAUGGAUUUCUCGUCGAUGGAGCUGGACGAGGCACUGAGGAAGUUCCAGAAUCACAUCCGGGUCCAGGGAGAGGCCCAGAAGGUGGAGCGCCUGAUUGAAGCCUACAGUCAGCGCUACUGUAUCUGUAACCCCACGGUGGUGCGCCAGUUCCGGAACCCUGACACCAUCUUCAUCCUGGCUUUCGCCAUCAUCCUCCUCAACACGGAUAUGUACAGCCCCAACGUCAAGCCAGAGAGGAAGAUGAAGUUGGAGGACUUCGUUAAGAAUCUCAGAGGGGUGGACGAUGGGGAGGACAUCCCCAGGGAAACUCUGGUAGGAAUCUAUGAGAGGAUCAGGAAGAGGGAGCUGAAGACCAACGAGGACCAUGUGUCUCAAGUCCAGAAGGUGGAGAAACUCAUAGUGGGCAACAAAAAACCGAUUGGAUCUCUCCACCACGGUCUAGGAUGUGUCCUGUCCCUGCCCCAUCGCAGGCUGGUCUGCUACUGCCGGCUGUUUGAAGUGCCGGACCCCAACAAGCUCCAGAAGCUGGGCCUGCACCAGCGGGAGAUCUUCCUGUUUAAUGAUCUUCUGGUGGUGACAAAGAUUUUCCAGAAGAAGAAGAACUCUGUGACAUACAGCUUCAGGCAGUCUUUCUCUCUGUAUGGGAUGCAGGUUCUGAUGUUUGAGAACCAGCAUUACGGGAAUGGAAUCAAGCUUACAUCAGCCAUACCAGGUGCCGACAUCAAAGUGCUCAUCAACUUUAACGCGCCCAACCCCCAGGACCGCAAGAAGUUUACUGACGACCUGCGGGAGUCCAUCGCCGAGGUCCAGGAAAUGGAGAAAUACAGGAUAGAGUCUGAGCUGGAGAAGCAGAAAGGGGUGGUGAGGCCCAGUAUGUCCCAGAGCUCUGGGCUGAAGAAGGACGCUGGCAACGGCAACAUGAACCGUGCCAGUCUGGACGACACCUACACCAUGGGCGAGGGCCUGAAGAGGAGCGCCCUGAGCAGCUCCCUCCGCGACCUCUCCGAAGCAGGCAAGCGUGGGCGCCGCAGCAGUGCAGGAUCACUAGACAGCAAUAUGGAAGGGUCCAUCAUUAGCAGCCCCCACACACGCCGGAGAGCCACAACCCCCCGAAGUGAGGGCCCGCCCCGGGGCCACCCCACCAUCCCAAACUCCUCCUCCCUCCUCGGGUCGCUCUUCGGCAGCAAGCGGGCAAAGCCUUCAUCCCAGAGCCAUCCUCCUCUUCCUCCGCCCGGUCACCCCACCCUCAUCUCCCACACGCCCCAUCCUUCCAACCUCCACCACACAGCCCAGCAGGUAGCCCAGGCCCAGCUCCACCACUCCCAGUACUGCCAGCAGAACCCCCCUCCCUACCACCACCACCACCACUACCACCCCCCGCCCCACACACAGUACCACCAGCACCCGGCAGCAUACGCAUCCUCCUCCACCCACUCACAUCAACACCCGCUUGUACCACAGCACAGUCACAGCACCCACGGCCAUCAUGCCUCACACUCCCAGCAUGCCCUUCAUCACCACAGUCAGCAGCAGAGCCCUGCACACAGCGGGUCCAAAACCAAGCACAGUGGCAUCAGCACCGUGGUGUGACCAGAGAGAGAGAGAGAGAGAGAGAGAGAGAGAGAGAGAGAGAGAGAGAGAGAGAGAGAGAGAGAGAGAGAGAGAGAGAGAGAGAGAGAGAUGAGAGAGAGAGAGAGAGAGAGAGAGAGAGAGAGAGAGAGAGAGAGAGAGAGAGAGAGAGAGAGAGAGAGAGAGAGAGAGAGAGAGAGAGAGAGAGAGAGAGAGAGAGAGAGAGAGAGAGAGAGAGAGAGAGAGAGAGAGAGAGAGAGAGAGAGAGAGACUCAUCCACCAAUGGGACAGAGGGUAUACUGUCCAUGGCCCGUCCACUGUGUUCCACUGCUGUGGUUGAGAUGGACCUCUGGCAGUCACUUGUAUCCCCUCCCUAUUUCAGCAUCUCACCAAUAUGCAGUUGGAAACCAGACUCAAUUCCUCCACAAAGGACCACGGCUCGAACCUUAGAGUGGGGGCCUCUUUUUUUUCUGUCAGGGGUUGAGAGAGGAGGCGUUUUGUACGGGGAAACCCUCCUAAUCCCUGUGAACUCACACCAAACCCGGCUGUGACGGCUGAAGAGAACCGUGCAUCUCUGUAGGCCGCUCUACAUUGCUCUGUUCUUUCAAUAGUCUGUCUUCCCUUCGUGUAAGGAAUUGGGACAGUCUUUUUAAUCAAAGCUAGCUUUAACACUGCUUUCUUGAGGUUUGUGAAACCCUUUAUUUUUAAGAAUGCUAUUUGUUGUUGCCUCUCGUAGAAUUCAUGAAGUGUAGAAAAGCUAGGUGUAAUCAUUUCACAAUACCUAGACCAAUGGACAGGCUAACAGCUGAGGAACAGUCUCAAUGGUAGUAGUUCUAGUGCUGCAUUUACUGUAGAUGACAGCUUUACGUGUUGUCUCCUAACUCUCAUUAAUAAAUGUGCCAAUUACUAAUGCAUAAACUAUUUAGUCCAGACUUCAUGUACAGUAUAUUGUGCGUAAAGUACCUUCUAAGAUUAUACAACCAUUAUUAUUAUCACUAGAAAUGAACUUUCUCAGUAUUAUACUGACUAUGGUAACAGGAUAAAUGGAAAGGAGGCGUGAACCCACAUUGUCAGGCAGGCCAAUAACCUGCUCUGGUACCGAUUGCCUUCCAACCAGAGCAUUGAGAGACUCAGGAAUGCAGCUGUGGCACAUGGCCCUACUAGUGCUGUAUAAAACCUUAGAGUGGACAGACACUUCUUGGCAUGGGUAUUUACUGAGCAUAUGUUGCUCAUCUGCUGGGUAGAUGGGUCCCACUCAGCUCAGUAUAGUACUCCUUUAAAUGUUUAGUACAGUGAGUACAGUGAGUAAGGACAUGUAGUAAGAUAGUAGUGAAGAUGUGUCACAGCUCUCUUGUUGAGCUAACAGGCUUCUCUUGACUGAAUGCUGGCUCAGCUCACAGCUUGCCUGACCUAUCGGAGACUUUACUGAUUUGAUUUGGACCCACAGUAGAGCUGGUAACGUCUCAUGCCAAUGAUGCAGCUGCAUUCUUGACUCUUCAAAUCGAAAUACAAUAAUCAUUUAUUUUUCUUUCAUAAUUUACUAUAUUUUUGUUUUCUUCGCAAAACCUGAGUAGUUGAGUGACUAAAAUAAGCUCUUAAGUAUGUAGUGAAUUAUUUGUUUGUUUGUCAACUUUGUUUUUAUCAUUCUGUACGUGCAAUAUCUUCAUACUGAUUUUGUACAUUCAGAACAAGCAAAGGGUCCCUUCUGUUUGUUUGUUUUGUAUGUUUUCAUGUUGUCGUUAUUUAUUUAUUUAGUUCGGACCCCUGUCGUUCUCUCUCAGUGGCUUAAUGUGUGGUUGUUCUCAUGGUUCUCUGAGAAGCACAGUCCUGGAAUUCAGUGGAAUGUCUAAUAAGUGAUGUUGCAUGUAAUGUUAUUGAUGUGAGGCUAUCCUCUCCACAUUCUAUAACAAAUCAGUGUUACCAUAGCAAUUAAAGUGCAAUCACGUAAAAAAAAAAUGUAGACCUUCUACGGGUUCAAGUCUGUUAUCAUGUUGUCCAGGAAGAGAUUCAGGUGAAAAAUAUAUAUUUUUCAUUUCAGAUUAUGUACUUACUUACACAGUUCACGGUGGAAGGAAAGAGGAAUGUGUGUAUAUAUUUUAAAAAGGAAUUCGCUUCCCUCUGGGCAGAAAAUAACUAUUUUGCUGGAUAAGCACAUAUGAAGGAGCGCUUUCAUUUUUUUUCAGGAAAUCUGAAAAAAUGUAGAUCUAAUAUACAGCAAAGAAGUGCAAUUGGAACAAAGGAACUGGGAUAUAUGUCAAGUAAAAUCACUCUCUACAUUCUACAAAAUAAGAGUCUAUUAUCAUGUGUACAUUAGAGUCAACUGUUUCUCCCAAUAUUCAGGGUGUAAAUGUAUUUUAACAUUCACUAAGGAAACUGAAACCAUAAGACUAGAUUCAACACGUGUCCCUUCAUAUUAGAGCCAUGAUAUUAUAACAAAACAUAAGGACAUUUAGACAGAUAAACAUAUCUUAUCUGGAACAUGAAUAAUCACUUGAAUAUCUUUCUAAUAAUUUCAUAUUUUCCUUUUGUAACUCAGAAAUGGUCGGACAAGGUAAAAAAAAAAGAAAGAAAGAAAAAAAGAAGGAAAUGUAUACAUUGAUCUUGAUAUGUGUUGUAGUGCUUCAAGAAAUGUCCACAGUGAUCUACAGUCUGAGAAGUACCCCCACAAUGCACUGCAUGGACCUGAUGCAUCGUGUGUCCUUUUCACUGUGAGCUUGCUGACCAGGUCAGCCUGUAAAGUUGAUUGACUUUAUUUCCUUUCCUUUGGUUUAGAUCUGGAAUCUUCUGAUGUUGACUUGCUCUUGCUGUCCCACGUUAAGCUGAUUGUUACUUGAGCUCAGCAUGCAUUUAUUUCAUCUGCAUAUACAUAGCCAUUGUAAAAAGAACAAAACAUUAACACCGUUGCACUUCUGUUAUUAUUGAGCCGAGGGCUACGGUUGUGUAAAUAGGAGAGUAGAAGUGUUGAUUAUGGAAUUCUAAAAAAGGUGGUUUAUCUCAAAUGAAGAUUAGAAGGGACCAAGUGGGAGAAAAGGGAUAUGUACAUAGUGUGUAUAUUAUCACUACUGUAAUCCAACAUCUGCCGUGGAGAUCAGGGGGGUGUGUCCGUCACCUCAUAUGAGAGGUGGAAAAUAUAUGAUUCAGAACAUAUCGCUUGUCUCUGCCUCCAACUGUACUGAACUGUCAUUCGCUGUGGAUCUCAAAGACAGACUGUUAUAACGUUCACUGCCUCCUAAACACACACACACACACACAGGCACACACAGACAGACACACACAGACAGACAGGCACACAGACACACACACUCAUCAAAGGGAAAGACAAGAGUGGCCUCAUUUCUAUGUGCAUUCAAGUUUGUCCAGUGAGUAGUGAGUCAGUAAGACCCCAGUUAUUGUAAAACUUCAACUGUGACAAUGUUGACAACGCUAAAUAAACAAAUAUAUGACUUAUGGUA